AUGAAGAGACGGCGUAGUGGUCACAUUUCUUUCGUUUCAUCAGAAGUUGGACAAUUUGCCAUCUAUGGCUAUUCGGCAUUCGCUCCAACAAAAUUUGCCUUGAGGGGACUUGCUGAUGCGUUACAGAUGGAGUUGAUGCCUUACGAUAUCAAUGUUUCUAUACUUUAUCCUCCAAACACUGACUCCGAAAGCUUCAGAAAACAGUCUAUGGCGAGGACGGAGGAAAUGCGUUUAAUCGCUGAUACUGGAGGAUUGUUCACUCCGAAACAAGUUGCUGAAGCUCACGUUAAAGACAUUGAAAAUGGGCAAUAUAGCACAUGGCUUGGAUUGAACGGAUGGGUUUUGAGCGUGGCUACUGCCGGAGCUUCACCUGAAAGAAGUGUUUUCAGGGCUUUGACUCAGGUCUUGUUUGCUGGAAUAUUUCGACUUCUUAUGAUAGUUUACCUACGAAAGUUCAAUGGUAUU